GGAUUAUAAGAAUUUAUCAUUUUCAUUAAAUGGUGAAGAGCAAGCAUCAUUAAUUCCUCUUAAUAUAUGCCUUCCUGUUGAGCCAACUCCUUUAUUUUAUUAUACUUCUUUUACUCGUUG